ACCCAACAACAAAAGGGUCGUUUUAGAAUUCGAGCACGUCUCUCAGUCGAAGCUUCUCUGUUUCCGUGCCUUCUCCCCCUCGUGUUUGACUUGGGGUUGGCAGUUUGAACUUCCUAUUUUCUCGAUCUUCCGGAGCCUUUUUCCUUCACUGGAAAAUAGAUUCAAGUGUUUCUCGGUUCUUCCUUCUCUCAGAUUUCGUGUUUAAAAUUCUUGCCGAUCACUGCCAUUCUCUUCUCUGUUCAAUGUCUUGUUUCUGGAGUUGCUCCCUCAUACAUGCAUAUUCCAUCGUAUAGUAGCAGCAGCAGCUAGAAGUCGAUGCAUGCUUAUCGUAAUUUUCUAUUCUGUUUUCUGUCAAAUCCUCUCAAGAGUAAGUCGCUUCCUACUAUCUACUGCAAUGCGUGCACCAUCAUUGCUUACACAGUGCUUGUCUGGCUUGGUGGCUCAUGAUCGCGGAGGUCACAGCAUAGCCUCGAUUCCAGAUAAAGAGAUGCAUCUGCCAUCUCCAGCAGUAGAGAUUCUCCCAUCAAAGGCAGUUCACCCUUACAAGUACAUUGGGGAGAAUGCAGACUUUCAAGGGGUCCAUUCUAAGGGCAGAGUCAGCAUUGCUGAUAUCAUUGGCGUCAGUGGUUCGGAGACAGUAUCCUCAAAACCUGAUGGGCAUCUGAAAUCCUGGGACAGUUCCAUUGACCUUGUUGGUGCUCUCAAGCAUGAGAUUCGUGAUGGUCAACUGAGCUUUAGGGGCAAAAGGGUACUCGAGCUUAGUUGCAACAACGGACUUCCUGGGAUCUUUGCAUGCUUGAAGGGAGCGUCAUUGGUACACUUCCAAGACCAUAACGCAGAAACUAUUAGAUGCACGACUAUACCAAAUGUUCUUGCAAAUCUUGAGCAAGCUCGUGAUCGGCAGUGUCGGCAGCCAGAGUCUCCUCUGACUCCUUCAAGACAGACACUGGCACCAUCGGUUCACUUUUAUGCUGGAGACUGGGAAGAACUGCCCGCUGUGUUGUCUGUUGUGAAAAAUGAUGGGUAUGAGAUGACACCGGCAAUGAGUUUGAGCUUUUCUGAAGAGGAUUUCAUGGAUGCAUGUAGCAGUCAAGACGGUAGCAUCUUGGGACAUGAAACUUCCUCAAGGAGAUCUAGGAAGCUCUCUGGAAGCCGAGCUUGGGAAAGAGCUAGUGAGGCAGACCAGAGAGAGAGUGGUUAUGAUGUUAUUUUAAUGACGGAAAUACCAUAUUCUGUUUCCUCCACGAAGAAGCUGUAUGCGCUCAUAAAAAAGUGCUUGAGGCCUCCAUAUGGGGUGGUUUAUCUUGCAACAAAGAAGAACUACGCGGGCUUGAACAACGGAGCAAGGCAUCUAAGGAGCCUGGUAGAUGAAGAGGGCGUUUUUGGAGCUCACUUAAUCAAGGAUUUGUCUGAUAGAUAUAUUUGGAAAUUCUUUCACAAGUGAUCAAAGAUACUGAAAUGCAAUAGACUGCAUAAGCCAUUGGCCAACUAAAGCCAAAUUCUUCUUUGACGUCGGUGUUCUGGUUCGCAAGCAUUCUUUUGUUUUUUCCUCCCACAUAUAAUUGCUUCUAUUUUCUUGGCAAGUUACAAUGGAGAUCAAAAAUUCAAAAGCUAGAUAGCAUUGGUCUAUGGUCAGUUAGCGGAUUGCUGCUCGUAAUUCGUUCACGCUCCUGUUGAUUUUAGCACGUGCAAUGCACGGUUAAUUUGUUGUAAAUAUAAUUCUCUUGCUUAUUAUAAAACAGAAACACAUUGAUAUUAUGCAUUAAUUGAAUUGAAUUCCAUAGUUUACAUCGUCGUCA